AAAAAAUCCUCAUCAUUUAACACCUUUAUCUGUGAGGUUGCACUGUUGGAGCAAUUGAGUUGAUAUGUGAUAGCCUCAUUUAAACUGUACACUGUGCACUUGUCAUGGCAUCGCAAAGGCAGCAGCAACUGUUCCGGAACUCUGAGGUCAGCUGCAACAGCGAAGGAGGCGGGACGGCGGUCCGGAUUACUGACGCCCGCCCGCAGUGUCCUGCUUGUGUGGAGAGGGGGAGCAUGAGUGGUCAGGGCACUGGGGGGGGCUCCAAGCCCUGCAAAUACAGCAUCUUCUCCAGCUGCAGCUCAGGUGAGUCGGAGCCGCGGCAGGCGGCGCUAACCCACCUGCGUGGGCAGAGGGCAAUCCCGCUGCUGUUCGAACGCUCAGCUGGCCAGUGCUGGGACCCCAAGUUUGACUCGGCAAUCCUGGAGGAAGCGUGCAGGGAGCGGUGCUUCCCGCAGACGCAGAGACGGUUCCGUUACGUGCUGUUCUACCUGACGGCCGCGGCGACUCUCUGGAGCGUCUACUUCGGGGCGAACAGCUCCCGGUGCGAGCCGGCAAGCUUUCUCCUCCCGACAGCGGUCUUCCUCGUCCUGUGUCUGCUGCUUUUGCUAUUCACGUUCACGCGGCCUUACGUGCGUCUGCAUGGCCAGGCCUCGCUUCUCCUCACCGCCGUCACGUUCGCGGUCACGCUGGCUCCGCAGCCACAGGCCGCCGCCUUUGCCCACGUGGGCUGGCCGGCAGGUGGGAACUGGACGCAGGAGCCCCCUGCUGGCUCAGAGGGUCCGUGCAUCUCCCCUGUGGGGACCUUCUCCCUGUGCAUGGAGGCACUACUCCUGCUGUACAGCAUGCUCCACCUGCGCCUCUAUGCUGCUGUGCUGCUAGGCCUCCUCUACUCUGUGCUGUUCGAGGCCCUCGGCUGGCUACGCUUGGGCCAGGCGGAUGUGCGGGGCGGAGAUGGGCCCGCCGCAGUGCACCUUCUGUGGCUGGUGCCGGGCAAAGUCCUCCUCCACCUGUGUGCGCAUGCGAUCGGCAUCCACCUGUUCAUCAUGUCUGAGGUGCGUGCGCGCAGCACCUUCCUCAAGGUGGGCCAGGCCAUCAUGCACGGCAAGGACCUGGAGGUGGAGAAGGCCCUCAAGGAGCGCAUGAUCCACUCGGUCAUGCCGCGGCCCGUCGCUGACGAGCUCAUGAAGCAGGGCGACGAGGAGAGCAGUGAGGGUGGCGGCAAGCGUUCGGGCUCCGUCGCCGGCUCGGCCCCCGGCUCCGCCGCCGGCUCCGCCUCCUCGUCCAGCCCAAGGAGCAACAAGCGCAAGAAGACGUCCAUCCCCCGCGGGCAGAUCAUCUUCCGGCCGUUUAACAUGCGGCGCAUGGAGCCCGUCAGCAUCCUGUUCGCCGACAUCGUGGGCUUCACCAAGAUGAGUGCCAACAAGUCGGCGCCAGCACUGGUGGGGCUGCUCAACGACCUGUUCGGCCGCUUCGACCGCCUGUGCGAGCGCACGCGCUGCGAGAAGAUCAGCACGCUGGGCGACUGCUACUACUGCGUGGCUGGCUGCCCCGAGCCGCGUGAUGACCACGCCUACUGCUGCGUGGAGAUGGGCCUGGGCAUGAUCCAGGCCAUCGAGCAGUUCUGCCGCGAGACACUGGAGACGGUGGACAUGCGCGUGGGCGUGCACACGGGCACCGUGCUCUGUGGCAUCCUGGGCAUGAAGCGCUUCAAGUUCGACGUGUGGUCCAACGAUGUCAACCUGGCCAACCUCAUGGAGCAACUGGGCGUGGCCGGGAAGGUGCACCUGUCUGAAGUGACGGCCGGUUUCCUGGACGACCGCUAUGAGAGGGAGGAUGGGCGGGUGGCAGAGCGCGCGGGCCAGAGUGUCACGGAGCAGCUCAAAGGGUUAAAGACAUACCUAAUCUCCGGGAGGAAGAUGGGCUCACAGUGUAGCUGUUCUCAGAACAGUCUGGGGCACGACUUCACUGAAACACCGAGUCCCUCUCCAAACAUGCACACUUCAGACCUCUCACACUCCACCAUGGCUGAACAUGGCAAGUGUGUGUCCUGUGGAGGGAUCGUGGACCCUGGUUGGAAUCGAAUAUCUGAGGAGGUCAAUCCGAAUGGCUGCCAGGAUGAGUACAGGGCCAACAGCAGCAAGUUCCCCACGGGGUGGAGCCCCAAAGCAGCCAAUGGCCUGCUGAGCCCGCAGUGUGAGGAGGGUGCGAGAGCCAGCCAGACCUCCGUCUGCGACAUGCUGCAGAAAGACGGGAGCUUGGGGACGAGUGGCUCCGCCCCUGGGGCUGGUGGAGGGGGCGGGGCCAUGGAUCACUCCGCGCUCAUACCGCUCCGGACCAAAGGCCUGAGGGAGAAGAGCGACGUUCACUUUGUGGACGUGAUCAAGGAGGACAGCCUGAUGAAGGAGUAUUUCUUCAAACCUCCGAUCAACAAGCUGAGUCUGAACUUCCUGGACAAAUCUCUGGAGUCCACCUACCGCGCCAGCUACCAGCAGGAGGUGGUGAGCCAUGCCUUUGUACAAACAUUUGCGAGUCCCGUCUUCAGCUCUCUGCUGGACGUGCUGCUCUCGUGCGCUGUCUUCCUUGCCCUCACGCUCGCCUGCUUCCUGUACCCCAUGGUUACCAUGGAGAUGCCCCCGGCAACCACAUUCGGCCUGGCAGCAGCUGCCAGCUUACUGGACCUGGUCUCGCUCAUCCUGUCCAUCCAAAUGACCUUCUACUUGGACGGCGUCUCGAGCUGCACGCAGGCCUUGCUGAAGCUGGUGUCUGGCUGGGUCCCGCGGCACGCCAUCGGGGCAGUGCUCGUGUCUCUACCCGCUAUAUCCGUGUUCUCCCACCUGGCCUACAGCCGCCACCUGCCCAUUCAGGUGCUGAUGUUCCUGUGCUGUGCCAUUAUUAUUGCCAUCAUUCAGUACUGCAACUUCUGCCAGCUCAGCUUCUGGAUGCGCUCUGUUCUGGCCACCGUCACCGGAACCUCUCUGCUCGCUGUGCGCUACAGCGCCCCCACUAAGCUGAGCUCUAGUGAGGGGUUUCCAGUAUCUGGGAACCUGAGUAACGAGAGUGCUGCUACAGGUUGGCCAGGCGAGUGGGCCCCCACGCCGCUGGACCUGCUGGUUCCAGAGGCUGUGCUCUCCUUCUUUCUACUGCUCCUGCUGGUCUGCUUCCUCAACCGAGAGUUCGAGGUCGGCUACCGCCUGCACCACCACGGCAACGUGGAGGCCGACAGGCACCGCAUCAAGAUCCAGAACAUGCGGGACCAGGCGGACUGGCUCCUGCGCAACAUCAUCCCCAUCCACGUGGCGGAGCAGCUGAAGCUGACACAGAGCUACUCGAAGAACCACGACAACGUGGGCGUGAUCUUCGCCAGCAUCGUCAACUUCAGCGAGUUCUACGAGGAGAGCUACGAAGGCGGCAAAGAGUGCUACCGCGUGCUCAACGAGCUGAUCGGGGACUUCGACGAGCUCCUACGCAAGCCUGCCUUCUCCAGCGUGGAGAAGAUCAAGACCAUCGGCGCCACCUACAUGGCGGCGUCGGGCCUGAACGGGCAGCAGUGCCGCGAGCAGGCGCACCCGCACGCCCACCUGUGCGCCCUGUUCGAGUUCGCGCUGGAGAUGAUGCACGUAGUGGAUGACUUCAACAAGAACAUGCUGGGCUUCCAGUUCAAGCUGCGCAUUGGCUUCAACCAUGGCCCGCUGACCGCCGGCGUCAUCGGCACCACCAAGUUGCUGUACGACAUCUGGGGGGACACGGUGAACAUUGCCAGCCGCAUGGACAGCACGGGCGUGGAGUGUCGCAUUCAGGUGAGCGAGGAGAGCCACUGUGUCCUUAGCGAGAUGAACUACGCCUUUGACUACCGAGGCACCGUCAACGUCAAAGGCAAGGGGCAGAUGAGGACCUAUCUAUACCCCAGGCUCAACGAGAGCGGGCCAGGGUCUGCACACCGGCUGGCCAGGGCGCCCGAGCCUCAGGUAAAAGAGGGUGGCAUUACCGAGGACUCCACUGACAAACUGCCUGGCGCAGGACUCUGCAUGACCUCCAACAUGUUAUCUGCUCCGCCGCCUGUAGUCGACCGCUUUCAGUCCUCCACUUCCGCCGGUGCCUGCCACAACAGCUCUGAAGUGCCACACGGACCUACCACGGGCCUGUUCAGGUCGACCGAAGAGUGGCACAAGGAUGCUUUCAGAGACCACACGCUCAUGGAGAAGGCUGUGGAGAGGUGCCCUUCUCCUCGUCCGUCCACCUUCACUGGCACUCAGCCGCCGUCGAUAGCACAGCUAACCGCUCCACUGGCCAGACCAGAGACACCUUUACAAGGAGAGGAAGCAGAGGAGGAAGAGGAAGCGAACGAGUGUUCGAGACUCCGAGUGGGAGAGAGGCUUUGAUCAGCUCUUGUGGCUUAUGAUCUUUAUUGCCUGCCCCCAUCCUGUCUGUCUCGAGCAGGAGAGUAUAUAUUAAUGAGGUUCACCUACUGGGGUGCCUUCGUCAUCACAUGUUCAGUGUAGCAGUCCAUCAUGUGACUGCAUGUUUGGCUUCUUGUUUAAAGAACGUUAUGACAGAAAAAGUGUUAUGUUCUUUGGGGGUUUGCUGUGUGGAUCACAGUCUGGCACACUGAAUGGUGGAAAAAGAGGGCAGCGAGCUUAAAUUUCUGAUGUUUUCAUUGCUUUCACUGUGUGUUGUUUUUUGUGUGUGUGUGUGUGUGUGUGUGUGUGUGUGUGUGUGUGUGUUAAGUGCCUUCAUGAUAAAUGAGUAAAUGAACAUGAUCAGUGAAUUAAUUGAACAAAUCAAAUAUGUUAGAACAAUAUUAGCAUGCCAUUGAAGACCGCAACAACGGACAAUUCCAUAGUUAUUUUUCAAAAAUUAUUCUUUUGCAGUGCGCAUUUCAAAAUUAUGGCAAUUUGAGCCGUGACCUUUAGCAUGAACGGGGCCAGUCGUUGGAUGUAAGUAGAAGUAUUGAAUCCAAGUUCUGAGGAAUAUAAUUCUAUUAGAUUAAAUUGCAUCCUGAGGCAGUCACUUUUCUUCUUUCACAAUAGAGUGCUACAAAAGACCAUACUAAGGAAAGUGGUCAAGUUUGAUUUAAAAAAAGAAAAAAAGAAAGAAAGAAAAGAAAAAAAUGUAAAGAACAAGAUUGUGUUUUCAAUUUGAACUACAUUUCUAUGGGUUUUGACAAAAGACCACGAGCUAGGACCUUGCCUAAGCACAGGAAUCUGAUCGCGUUUUGAGAGGGGAGGGGAAAAAACAAAACAAAUGGUGACUUGAUGAACAAAUGAGAGACGAGGGUGCUGUGUAGGUUGUUGGAACGUAGCUAUAGAGUAAGAGUGGGAGCAUAGCCUCCCACUCCCAUGGCAUGCAGGCUGGCAGGGGACACACACACUAAAGGGAGGGUACCGUGGGCACGACGACCAAGAUCUCGCGUCCUCCCUUCCACAUUGGCAGUCAAAAACUCCAGCAGCACAAAUGCAUAGAGGCAAUGCUGUUCAAUCUGUGAUCAUUUUCCUGGUGAACACUUUGGAUUGUGGGUUUGGUUUUGUUUUUUUAAUGAAGUGGAUUUGGUCAUGGUGGAGUUGGUGGUGAUUUUGAAUUUAUGACUGUAUGGUGGACUUUCUCGUCAGUGUUUGCCUUCCAUUGUGCAUCAAUGCACACCAAUACAGCGGAAGCCAUUUUUAAUAAGAGCCUUUUUUGUCAGGCCAAAACACAAAAAGGAAUUUAAGGGAAUGCAGUAGAGGAAUUGAAAGGGAUUUUUUUUUUUUUUUCAGCAGAGAAGCAUUUAUCAUUUUAACCUGGUUAUUACUGUGAAUGACUUGUUCUCAGAAGACUUUUCUAUUGAUUUUGAUUCUUCUUUCUUUUUUUUUUUUACAAUUUCAAGUAGUGUUCAAUCAAAGCACAGGGAAAUUUUUGGUUUUCAAAACCUUUUAAACAGUGAGGACUCCUAAUGUUGAGAUUGGAUAUUGUACAUUGUGCAUUGUCCUGUUUUUCAUUAUACACAGUCAUCAGGAUUUGUUUUCACGAAAUUGUGCCAGUAACUUUCGGUUGCCUGCCUUCUAGAUUGAACUCUCUGAACUCUGGAUUCUGUUCAUGUAACGCUGGCCUUGGUCAGGAGUGAUCUACUGUAUUGGUGCAAUUUGAAUUGUCACUUUAAAAUUGGUUGAUAUUUUUGAUGCAGUUGAAUUUUCAGUAGAGCUUUCAUUUUUUAGUGCCUUUUGUUGUGAGUGUGAGAAACUGAUUGAUUGAUUCUGAUAUUGGUUUUAUGGUUGAAAUUACGAACCUUUCUGUGUGAAGAUUUCCCUGGACAGGGUGGUAGCAGUGGUGGUGUGGUACAUUUUUAAUCAUCUACCUUGCUUUAUUGCCCUACCCCAUCAUCUCCCUUGUUCUUGUUUCUACCUGGGAACACUAGAAAAUGAUUUGUCGUAUGUCUCGUGGUGGGCACUGCCAGAUAACACGAGAAUCAUUUCCCACAGCCUGGAGAAGGUGUUGGUCCUCUUUUCACAGAGGUGAAAUUUGUUGCUACAGUAUGUAAUACAGAAUCAUGAAGUAGCGCUGGCUUUUGAUGAACGAUCAUUGAAUUUGUCUUUUAUUCAUAGAAUGGGGCUCCAAAACAAUCUAGUGCCUUCACCCACCUCCCUGCACACCCCCACACCCCAUUUUUAUGUUUGACUGACCGAAGUUUGCUUGCAGCUAAUUAAAGUGUUAUUUGGUUGUGCUUUUAAAUUCUGGAUACCCUUUUUCCAGAAUGGGGGAAAAACAAAAAAAAAACAAAAAAAACUAAACACUAUCUUGGAAAUGGAAACUUUGGAUUGGAUAAGGGAUUUUGCUUUUGAUGUAUUUUAUGGUGCACUGCUUUUCAACCACACUUGCGUCUGAGUACUAGGGUUACUUCAGAUGUUAUUGUAGCACUCUAUCAGCAUUUUUUUUUAAAAAGCAAGCUGACAGUAUUUAAACCUAAUUACUUAUGCAUAGUUAUGUGUCCUUUUUUUAGUAUCAAGUGAAUUUAUAUUUAUGAAUUUAUAUGGCUGGUAUGGAGUUAUUGUGCGGUCACAGGGCCUGGUGUUGAGUGGCGAGUCAUAGAAACAGGUGACCCAGCACAACUAAUUGCUGUUCUUCCUGGGCAGCUCAGUGUGCUCUUUCUCCCUGACUAACCUGAACACGAGCACCUGCUAUAUUGCUAUGGUGUUAAUACCCUGUCUGCCCCUGUCUGCGUGUUACUUAGCCAUAUAUUCUGAAAAGGGAAACGCCACAGCAUAGAAAACCCUGGAGAAAUACACACAUACACACACCUCUUGCUCUCAGUAGCAUGUGGAGUCCUAGCAUGAAGUCAGAACAAGUUUCAGUGUUCUGAAUGGGUUUUGUAAAAGAUGUAGAUUUGUUUUAUGGGAGCCUAAAUAAAGAGACCUAAUCUUGCCACAAAUCAUUACGCUGAUGAUACUUUUACUGUACCAAUAAUUUUCGAGCCACAUAACUUUCACUACUUCAUUUCAAUAUCCAUCUGAUUUAGGAAUGAAGGCUCUGGUUCUGUAUUGUCAGAUCUAAACUGAUGCAGAAAAUGUGCCUUCAUGUUUUAAAACUGAUUUAUGUAUCUCAGAUCAAUAUAACUAAAAUUGAUGACAUUCAGUGUGGUACCCGGUUGUUUAAAAUGUGCCAUCAAAUCUACCUUUAAAAGAGUAUUAUAUUUGCUUGUGCCAUAUGGGAGCAUCUUUUAUGUAUACCAAAGAGAUUGGCAAUGUGGACUUUUAAUUUGUUAUUUGAGCUACAUGGACAUGAUUUUUUGUCAUCAAUGUUUGCCAUUUGUUUAUUUUCAUGUAGUAUAUUUGAAUUUGAGUCAUUUUUAAUGAUUUUAAUUUUAUUGCUACCUUUUUGUGCACAUUAUACAUUUAAUCCAUAAAUGAGCAUAAUCUGUAUACAUUUGCACAAUUCACUUUGUAUGUACAUAUCCAUAUCUAUUUGUUUUAUCUGUAUUUUUAAAAUGGAAAAUACAUGUGCAUGUGUCAGAUUUUGAGAACAAGAAAAUUAUCGUU